AUGAUAAGCACGGCCAUGAAUCGAGACAUAGAAGUAGCAGAAGCUGUGGAUGGAAACAUCCAUGAGGUAACUCAGGAAUCCAAACCGACUGUCGGAAAGAGUAGGGGAGGAUGGAAGCUUGCACUUGUCUUGCUAGCGAAUCAAGGCCUAGCAACACUAGCUUUCUUUGGUGUAGGAGUGAAUUUGGUUUUGUUUCUGAUCAGAGUUCUUGAUCAACAAAGUGCCACUGCGGCAAACAACGUCAGCAUAUGGACUGGAACUGUUUAUUUGUUCUCUCUGCUUGGAGCAUUCCUCAGUGACUCCUAUUGGGGUCGUUACUUAACAUGCGCCAUCUUUCAAGUCAUCCUUGUGUUGGGCUUGGGGCUAUUAUCCUUGACGUCUUGGCUCUGGCUGAUCCAUCCGCAUGGUUGUGGCGGUGUAGGCAAUUACUGCCAACCAACAUCCAAAGUUGGUGUUUUUCUCUUUUACCUAUCAAUAUAUCUAAUAGCACUUGGAUACGGUGGCCACCAACCAACUAUUGCAACAUUUGGAGCAGACCAAUUCGACGAGAAAGAUCCCAAACAACAAUCUUCGAAAGCAGCUUUCUUCGCUUACUUCUACUUCGCACUCAACGUUGGAUGUCUUUUCUCAAACACCAUCUUGGUUUACUAUGAGGAUAAAGGUUUAUGGACUAUGGGGUUUCUGGUGUCAUUAGGAUCUGCUAUCUUAGGCCUAGUGUCAUAUUUGGCGGCAUCACCUCGGUAUCGGUACAUAAAACCAUGUGGCAACCCGUUGCCACGCGUGGCUCAGGUUUUUGUGGCUGCUUUUAGAAAAUUGAGAGUUGCUCCAGCCAGCCCGGAUAAUCUGUAUGAGCUCGAAGGAACAAAAUCUGCAAUCAAAGGGAGUAGAAAAAUUCUCCACAGUAAUGAGAUUAUGUUUUUGGACAAGGCAGCGACAAUAACAGAGAAGGAUCAAACUGCAGCCGAAAAGAAUCCGUGGAGGCUGUGCACUGUAACUCAAGUUGAGGAAGCGAAAUGCGUACUAAAAAUGCUACCCAUUUGGCUUUGCACCAUAAUUUACUCAGUGGUGUUCACACAAAUGGCUUCACUUUUUGUGGAGCAAGGUGAUGUGAUGGAAUCCCACAUCGGAAAAUUUCACCUUCCAGCCGCCAGCAUGUCUGCAUUUGACAUAUGCAGUGUUCUUAUCUGCACUGGACUAUACCGCCAGUGCCUUGUGCCUUUAGCCGGACGGUUAAGUGGGAACCCAAAAGGCUUAUCUGAGCUUCAAAGAAUGGGAGUAGGGCUCAUUAUUGGAUUGUUGGCAAUGGUUGCGGCCGGUGCCACGGAAAUUGCUAGGCUCAGAGGUGUGAUACCUGGUGAGAAGAUAAGCUCACUAAGCAUAUUUUGGCAAAUCCCACAAUAUGUUCUUGUUGGUGCUUCAGAAGUUUUUAUGUACGUGGGACAACUCGAGUUCUUCAAUGGACAAGCGCCGGAUGGUAUUAAAAGCUUUGGAAGUUCACUAUGCAUGGCGUCAAUAUCUCUCGGAAACUAUGUGAGCAGCUUACUGGUUAACAUGGUAACGCAUUUUACAGCUAAAGGUGGAGACCCUGGUUGGAUCCCAAAUAAUCUGAAUGAAGGUCACAUGGACAGAUUCUACUUCCUCAUUGCAAUUCUAGCAGCUUUGGAUUUUGUGGUUUAUUUGUUUUGUGCUAAGUGGUACAAGGGCAUCAACCUCCAAGGCUCUGAGCAGGAAAUUGAGAUCAUGGAAAAUCAGAAGGGAAAUGGUCUCCAAGGUUAUGAGCAGGAAACUCAGAUCACGGAAACUCAACAUGGAAGUUCAUCAAUUCAUGGUAAACCACAAGAUGAGUCAGUGCUCAACAAAGUUUAGACUAAGUUUAAUUUCCUAAUUUUGUGCUCUUUUAGACGUAGUCUUUCUCUUGUUUUGUGUUUGAAUGUGAGCUUAAGUUUUAGAAUAAAGAUAUUGCAAGAGUAGAGAAUGACUUCUCCUUUCUUGUGCCUUAAACCCUACCAAAUUUCAACACUAGAGUAACAGAUUUGAGAAAUUAGUCGUUGAUCUAGAAACACUAUGAUCUAGUCAUGUUUAAUAUUAUGCUUUUUAAAUAAAGUGUCC